AGCUGUGGUCUGCGUGACGAGGCAGACGACAGGAUCUUUUCCUGAAGGAGUAGCACAUAUGAAACCAUGGCAGGAAAUGACAACACGUUUAUUUCCUUUGUGGAUGAUAUAUGCUUGAGCUUAUAAGGUCUUCACUUUUGUUGAGAAACAUGUAAUUUGGUGAAUCUUAAAUUGUUUUUACAGGAUGGCUUCACACCACUUUUACUUGCAAUAUAUGAAGAUGGUGAGGACAUGGCAGAAUUUUUAAUAAAGAAAGGAGCCAAUAUUCAUGCUGUUGAUAACAUUAGACGGACGGCUCUCAUGCUGGCUGCACAGUAUAGAUCAACCAAGAUAGUGAGGCUUCUUCUACAAAAAGGCAUUGAUGCCUCUUGCCAAAGCAUGAAUGGAUGGCCCGCAGAGAAGUUUGCUCUUGUGACAUUUAAUAUAACUAACCGCCAGCUCAUUCUGGAUUAUGAAGAAGAACAGAGAUCCAAAAUGCUUGCAAAGAAUACACCAGACACACGUAAUAACAAAAUAAAACCAAAACAAGAUGUGCUCAAGGAGCCAGCACAUGAUGGCUAUAAUAUCAAUAACUCUAAAAGCAUGGAACCUGAACUUGGAGAUGUGAGUUCUCUAAAACUUAAUGACUUAUUCACAAAAGUUGGGAAAGAAAAAGAAAAGCUUAAUGGAAGUGAAGAUGACCAGCCUCUGAUAUAAGACACUUUUAAGAGCUAUAAGAAACAAGUUAAAGCAAUAUGAAAAUGGAGUUCUCACUUUCCAUGCAGAUUUAAAAACCAGUGAAUUGGAAAUUCACCAUCCUAUGGCAAAAUAUCAGAUGCGGGAGGAACAAACUGAUUUACUUCAAGAAGCAGAUGAGCUAUUACAGAACUUGGAUCUUAUGCAGGCUUCCUCUGAUCUCAUGAGGAGGCCGACAGAAACCAAGACAGAGUUUCGGGAACAUCCUAAAAUUGUGCAUAUAUUUUAAACAUAUCCUCUGCAUGACAGUAACACUAUACUGACUGCAUUAUUUGCUCAGUAUUUUAGUGGCUUUGUACUAAAAUAUAUUGUGUGAAAAUCCUUAGAGAUAUUUUGCAUUACAUAGGUGUCACAACAACAGGUAUAGUAUUUUUA